AAGACCUCGUUGAGCUGCUCAGGAGAGACGAGAUGAAUACCUUCCUCUUUGUUCGACAUCAGGAAGUGAUGCACACACACACACGCAUACACACACGUAUGGUUUGAAAGUUGGAUUUCCCCACAUCAGUCAGUGAAGCGAAGAAUUAAUGUAUCGCUUAAUAAUGGGAUACAUGUCAACAUCGGAUCCGUCUGUGGUGCUUUGCUGAACAUUUACAUCUGAGUUCAGCAGGUCAACCAAUCACAGCUGUGUAUCAGCCGUUUUCCCCAAUCAUGUCAGAUUUGAAUGACAACUCUUUGAACAUAAAUUUCUUGAAAGCAUCUGUGUUGAACAGACUCUGUGAGUCUCUUGACAAGGCCAACAAUAAGGGAUGGCGAAAACUGGGGGAAAUCGUGAAAAGUGACAAGCGAUUCAAAGUGAGUCUGGAUGAUAUGGAUAUGUGUUCUCUGAAGGCUUUGGAGGCGGAUGGAAGUCCUUCCCGCAGUCUGCUCAAACUCAUUGGAGAUCAAGGAUGUAUGGUGGGUGAACUGGUGGAGUUUUUACAGAUCAUGGGUCAUACGGAUGCCCUGCAGUGCCUGAAACCUCCAGGAAUUCAAAUCCUCGUCCAGCCGCAGUCAGUGGCUGUCAUUGCCGGACACAACCUUCGUCUCAGUUGUUAUGCUGUUGGUGCUUCAUGUGUGCAGUUCCAGUGGUUUAAGAAAACAGAAGAGGUACAUAACAGCUCCUCCCCAGACCUGGUGUUCAGUCCAGUCCGGCUCAAAGAUGCAGGGUUUUACAUCUGUCGGGUGAACUGUGGAAACGCGUAUGAGUUCAGUCACUGGGCCCAAGUGGAUGUACUUGAUGUUCCACCAAGAUAUGGAUUAGUGUCUCUGGCUUCAGAGGGCAGGCCGAGGGUGCUGAUCCAGCCUCAAGCUCAAAGGCUGCUGGUGGGAGAUCUGCUCUAUUUGGAGUGUGGAGCUAUUGGAAGACCCCUACCACAAUAUCAAUGGUACAGAAAUGGAGUGCCGAUCAAAAAAGCCACUAAGAGGAAGUACACCGUCAAGAAUUUGUUGCCAGAGCACCAGGGAAGAUAUCGCUGCGAGAUCUUCUGCAACAAAGAACGAACAUGGAGCAAUGAAGUUAAUGUUGUUGUCGUUGAAAAUCCUUGCCAAUCUGAAAAGAAAGAGCCAAGAAUAUCUCAUGAAAUUUCAGGAGCAAUGGAGUGCUCUGAAGAUGAUUUUUUGGCUAUUGAUAGGGAUUGCAGUCUUGAGAAACCUUAUGCUACAGACAAAGUGGCUCUUCUGAUUGGUAACCUCACAUAUCGAAACCACCCACAGCUGAAAGCACCCAUGGUUGACGUGUAUGACCUCACCAAUCUGCUGCGGCAACUGAACUUCAAAGUGGUGUCUCUGCUAGAUCUAACUGAGUCAGAGAUGAGGAACGCCGUGGAGGAGUUCUUGUCCCUGCUUCAUAAGGGAGUGUAUGGUUUGUUGUAUUAUGCUGGUCAUGGUUAUGAGAACUUUGGGAACAGCUUCAUGGUGCCCGUUGAUGCCCCAAACCCAUACCGCUCAGGCAACUGUCUCUGUGUUCAGAGCAUUCUGAAACUGAUGCAGGAGAAGGAGACUGGACUCAACGUCUUCCUCCUGGACAUGUGCAGGAAAAGAAAUGUACAUGAUGAUGCCAUGCCAAACGUUGUGCUCAAAGUUACAGCCAAUAUUGUGUUUGGAUAUGCCACUUGCCAAGAUGCUGAGGCUUUUGAAUUGAGUUCAAGUGGAUUCACCAAUGGAGUCUUCAUUAAAUUCCUGAAGGAGCGCCUCCUAGAGGAUGAGAAGAUCACUGUUCUGCUAGACAGAGUGGCUGAAGAUAUGGGUCAGUUUGACCCCACAAAGGGUAAGCAGGCUCUAGAGAUCCGCAGCAGUCUGUCAGAGAGACGUUCCCUCACUGAUCCCAUCCGCCCCGGGGACUACUCGGACGCAGCCGAGGCACAGAACCUGCUCUGGUCUAAAGCACAUGAACUGCCAGAGAGUAAACUUCUGGACUUUGACUGUGGAGUACAGAUAAAAAUGGACUUUGCUGCUGAGUUUUCUAACGUGCUGGUCAUCUACACCAGCAUUGUGAAAAAGCCAGAGGAGAUGCUGUCGUGUCAGGCACACAUAACUAACCUCCCUUGGGACCUGGAUGUGGACCCUAAGCUGAUGAAUAAAGAAACUCUGGAGGAAACAGGAAGUUUUUUACUUUCAGGCAGUCUUCCUCAUCACUGCCUCUACACCAGACUCAGCUCACUGCAGAAACUCAAGGAGGAACUAGCUUUCACUGUUUGCCUACAAGUCCAGUUUAACUCCCUAGAUGACCUGGUCCAGUGGAACAUGGAUGUUAGCAUCGGCAAGCCCCUCACCGCCAAACUGGAUCUCAACCGUCCCACCAGGAAGAACAGCUGUCAGCUGACGUGUUUCAUUCCCCACAGCCCCUCGACCAGCCCCAGCCACAGCCCCGCGUCUGACCGCCGCUUCCACAGCCAGGGCCCCUGCUUCCCCCAGCAGUACGCCAACCCCUACCUCAACGUCUGUGAGCCUCUCCACGGAGCUGUAGGAGGUUAUGGGGACUUUCGAUUGUACGGUGACCAUACAUAUCAAUAUGAGAAUGUGCCAUGCUCACCCUUCCUGAACCCACCAAGUAUUCCCAUUGAGACCACUGAUGACAUUGAUGACAUGCAGAAUGAAUUCAUGAAUAGUUUGCAACUCUAUAACCAUCCCUGAGUGAGUACACAAGUGUUAAACAGAUGACUGAAGGGAUACUCCACACAAAAUUGAAAAUUCUCUCAUCAUUUACCCGUUCCAGAUGUGUAUGACUUUCUUUCAACCAAUGAACACAAAGUUUUUUUUUAAAUCCAUCUUUGUGAGUCUAUAUAAUGCAAGUGUAUAGGAUCAUCAAAGUUGGCGCUUCAAAAACCACACAAAUUGAACUUGAUAGUAAUCCAUACAGCCCCAGUUGUGGAAGCGAAAAAGUUAGUAAAUAAUGUUUUUCUCACAUACGUGUUGUUUUGCUUCAGAGAACAUUGAUUCCUCAACUGUGGUCAUAUGGAUUAAAGUCAAACGACUCAAAGUCAAAGUUGUCUAAAAAGCUGUCAAAAACCUUAUAUGCAUCUGGGAUGGCAUGAGGAUGAAAUUCUCUCAUCAUUUACCUUUUCCAGAUGUAUAUGACUUACUUCCUUCAGAUGUACAAAAAAUAAUCCAGCUCUGUCCAUGUAAUGGAAGUGUAUGGGGCUGCCAAAGUUGGCGCUUCAAAAACCACACAAAUUGAACAUGAUGGUAAUCCAUACGACCACAGUUACAUGCAGGUCCAUGAAAAGCAUGGAAGCACACGGGAAGCUUCAGAGAGCUUAUAUCAUUUAUAAAAACACUGACGUGUGUUUGUAUUUUUCUCUCACACAUGUAUUGUUUAUCUUCAGAGAACAUUCAUCAACUGGGUUCGCAUGGAUUAUUCGUGUUUGCUUUUUGAAGCAUCCACUUUGUCAAAAAGUCUAAAACGUCUGAGAAAAGUUUAAUUUUGGGUGGAGUACUGUUGUUGUUUUAAGGACUGCGGGAUUAAUAAAUUACAGUUCAAGGGUGUGAUUUUUUCCAUGUUAAAAUACAAUCUAUAGAUUAAUGUCCAGUCUAUAACUCAGCUAUAAGUAAUUCUUUCAUAAAUUGAUCACAUUCUUUUUGCAUUUGCAUUUGGUGAUGGAAGCAGUGCAAAAAUAUAUAAUCUCAAGUGGUUAUGUCUCAUUUUUAGCAGCUUUCAGUCUUUCACGUGACUAACUUAUUAUGAUUAUUUAGCAUAAAGAAAAUACUGUAACACUGUGACCAAGUAUUUAGUCAUUUUAAAUUAUCAUUUAUGUUACAAAUUCUGUCACCUCAUUACAUCUCAAAACAUC